CCUAGUGAGCGCGCACCCUUUAACUCUCAACAUCUCUGAUCAUGUACGCCAUGGGCCUCGAUGCCACAGCCUACCCGCAUGGACCGCAUGGAGGUCUGAGCUGGCCUUCUGCCAUGCGAUCCACCUUCACAGCUGCAGAUGACCUCCUGAGAGGCUCUGAAGGGAGAGCACCUCCUCUUCCGCACCAGUAUGCGCCACCUGGCAAGUUCAUCUUCCGGCCUCGCACCAGCCGAGUCAACUGGCGCUUGCUUCACUCCUUAGACCUGGACAGAGUUAUCCGGGAAGGGGACGUCGACAUGAUACAGGCCCAUAUGGAGAACAUCACUUUCGCUCGCUUCAGCCGCGAAGACUUGGAAGUGACCAGUGAUGAGUGUAUUAUAAAGGUGGUGCAACUCUCACAGCUUUGUAUGGAGUUUCUGAUGGCCACGUGCUCAGCCUCGCAGCACCUUAUUCAGGGGCUUACCGAGCGUGUGCGGGUCCAGGCUGCCCAGCUCAAAGUGGCAGAUACCCGCCGGCGUAGCGAAAGGCCCUCUCGACGGCCACCCCCAGAGCGAGCACCCAUGCCACAGGUGUUUGUCCGCAAGUGUCCGCAUUGUCCAAAACGAUUCCAGACCGAGCAAUAUCUCUACGAGCAUAUGUCUCGGCGCCAUAUCGCUGAUGUCUUCGAGCCUCCUCCGCUCUCAAACACGCGACUGCAGGAAAAGCCGCCAGAGCCGGAGCCUGUCCUAAGUCCCGGUCGAGCAGGACUUGAUAGCUCUGAGAUCUCAGAGGCGGUGAAGAUGGUUGUGAAGGAUGCCACAAUGGACCUGCAUGGCUCUAUGCAACAGCAGGAAGGUGCGCUGAAGUCACAGCAGCGGAUGUUUGAGGUGGAACUGCAAAAGAUGCAGGAGAAGAUGGACAACAUGCGGCAGGAUAUGGGAAAGUUGCAGACGAGCCCGCCGGAAGUCAUUGUCUCGCCCCGUGACGAAGGACCUUCCGUCGACCUCAGUGGUUUGGAAAAGCACAUGGAGAAGAGCAUGAUGACCUUGAGGAACGACCUGGAUGAUAGGAUGUCGAAGAUGUUCGAUGAGAACCGGCAGCAACUGAAUGAGCUGGCGAAGGCUGCAGCCUCCAAGCCACCAGAGAAGGACAGCGACGAUGCCCGGGAGUUUGCCGGAGCAGUGGAAAGGCAAAUCCAGCAAUUGCGGCAGCAAUUGAGUGAUGUUCAAAAGCAGCUGGCCGAAGAGGUUAAAGCAGUGGUGGCCACUUCCAAAGAGACACCUGACAAGCCAGUUGCAGAACAGGCUCCUGUGGCUCCAACUCCAGCACCGCAGCCGCAGCCUGCGCAGCCGGCCGUGCCGGUGACACCUGAAGCGCCACCUGUCCAGACGGAGCCCCUGGCGCCGAAGGAGCCCAAAGCACCACCGAAGGCGCCAGUGCAGGUGGAAGACGCAGAAGAAGAGACUCCACCUCCGCGAUUUCAACCGCCGCAGCCCAUUGAGAUUGAUGAGGAACCUCAGGUGCCCGCAGAGCUUGGCUUUGAUUGGUCCAAAGUGCCUGGCCCCGCAUCUCCCAGCUUCCAGAAAGCCUGGAAAGAGGGCAUUGCCAAGUGCAGCACCGACACCGAGAAACUGCUGUUCAUGAUCUCCAUGACGGGUGAGCGGACGCGCCCACGCAAGCCCAAAGAUGGCCUGCGGGAGUUGGAUGUGACCUGGGGCGGCCAGUUGUCGCCCAAGGAUGCCAAACGAGCCCAGGAGCCACGCUUGCCUGAGCCGAAGGAGGAAGCGAAGGACGUGAAAGUGGAGCAGCCAGUGCCAAAAGCAAAUGACCCAAAGAAGCCGGCAGAGAAGCGUGAAACCAUCCUCACUAGGCGUGCUUUUGCCAGUGGCUUCACUGGCUUUCUGCAGCGAUGUCGACCAGACUUGUUGGAAGCUCCCGAGAGUGUGGGCCAAGUCAGUCAACCCAAAUCACUCAGCGCUUUGGUCGAGGCAGCCACAGCAUCGCAAGCCCUUUCAACUCUUUCACCACCACUCCCUCCACCUCAGGGGCCGCCACAGUCGGGGCCAGCUGCCUCCAGUGUGGCAUUUGCACCAGAGGCCAAGAAGCUUCUAGAGCCAAAGGCGAUGCCACCUGACCCUGUGACGCAAGUGCUGCAACCAAAGACGUUUGCAGCGACAUCUCUACCUCUUGGGGCGAUCCCACCGAAGGCCACGCCAGCACCUGCGGUGCCUGCGGUUUCUGCGGUGCCGCCCGCCAAGCCGCCCAUGGCUUCACCUCCGCCGGCGACACCGCCCGCAACCCCCUUGACUCCGGCGGCACCCGCUUCGCCACCGGCCCCGCUCAAAGCAGCGGCUUUGGCCAAGAGUCCCGAGUUAGCUUCACCAUUGAGCACGCCUCAAUCCUUGAGUCCCACACCACUGCCCUCACUGAGCUCGACUCCUUUGAAGAUGGCACCACCAGCGCCCCCGCCUGCGCCCAGUGUGCCGCCGCCAAAGGCACCAAAGGCACCACUUGGCGCACCACCAGGGGCACCGCCUGGUGUGCCUGGCGCGCCGGUAAUGCCACCGACACCAGAGAAGCUCGAGAGGCCUGUAGCCAAGCCAUUGGAGCCAGUGCCAGAGGCUAGAGAAGACCGCACAGAGUCCUUGGAGACCAUCCAGCGGAUCAGCUCCCUGAAGUCCAGUGAGGACAUGCGACCGUUUGCUGCACCUCCAGCGCCAAAGGUUGGUCUACCUGUCGGACCACCUGGCGGACCUGCCCCUGGGCCACCGAAACCUGCCGUCGAGAAGCCGACAGUGCCGCUUGGAGGUCCAGGCAGCAGCUCGAAGGAGUCAGCUGGACCCUCGCAGUCACCUCGUGAGGCACCUGGAGACGUAUCCGUGAAGAGCAUGUCAGAUGCUACGCCAGCGAAUGCAACGGGAGGAUGGCUGCAAGGCGGAGCUGGAGCCACAGGAGCGAGUCCUCUGAUCAGAGCUUCGGCUUGGACAACACUUGGAAAGGUCCAGGCCGGGAUGGCAAUGCUGAGCCAAGUGCAGAUAUGGCUGUGGAGGAAUUUGAUUGAAGGCGUCAACCCCAAAGUUCUUCUGGAAUCUAGGUGAGGUAGGUGUCCGAUGUGUCAGAUGCUUGGUAGCUGGAGGGCUCGUUUUCCUGUUCUGGACCCAGGUGCGGAUUGCCAAAGAAUGCAUUUUUCGUUGCAUAAUUCAGAAUGCCAAACGCGGCUCGUGCAGGUAUGCGCUCUUGGCCUUUGCGCCUUCGCAGAUGUAAUUUAAGGUUUCCCACUUGUGCUGCUGAGCAGCACGAGCACGGGGGCAGCAUCAUUGAGCCGUUGUAACACAAGAGUGCCAAGCAGCAAGCUGUCAAUUUCACUAGGGACGUCAGA